CUCUUCUGUGCAGCAGAACCUGCUCCUUGGUCCUACCUGUUCCUUGGUCCAGUGGUGUCCUCACCAUCUUCUCUCCGUGGUGCCGGCAUCUUUAGUGUCUUCAGUCUCUGGUCAUCUCCUGUGCUAUGUCCGCAGUCACUGGUCAUCCCCUGUACUAUGUCCGCAGUGUCUGGUCAUCUCCUGUACUAUGUCCACAGUCUCUGGUCAUCUCCUGUACUAUGUCUGCAGUCUCUGGUCAUCUCCUGUACUAUGUUCACAGUCUCUGGUCAUCCCCUGUACUAUGUCUGCAGUUUCUGGUCAUCUCCUGUACUAUGUCCGCAGUCUCUGGUCAUCUCCUGUACUAUGUUUGCAGUCUAUGGUCAUCACUUGUACUAUGUCCGCAGUCUCUGGUCAUCUCCUUUACUAUGUCUGCAGUCCAUUGGUUCAGAAUAUUUUUUUUUUUCUUGUUUUCCUCUUCUAAAACCUAGGUGCAUCUUAUGGUCA